AUGUUUGAAAUUCUGCAAAAUGGUGGCUCCAUCCGGAAGAAAGUCAAGUUCAAUGCCAGACAAGGCUGGCUUGUUAGAUUCAAGAAACGUCAUUCUAUUCGGACUCUCCAAGCCAAAGGUGAAAAGGCAUCAGCCGAUUCCGAAAGCAGCCGAGUUUUAAGAGAAGCGAUGACGAUGCUGGUUCGAGAUCAAGGAUAUCCCCUGGAUAAUAUAUUUAACGCUGAUAAAACUACACUUCGGUACAAGUCGUUGCCCGAGGAAACUCUAGCUGUUCGGAACGAAACUGAAAUCUCUGGCCAUAAACAGAAAAAGGAACAAAUAACAGUGAUGUUAUGUGCAAACGCGACCGGCUCAUUUCACUUGCCUCCACUUUGCAUUAGUACCGCUAAAAAGCGCCGAUGUUUUAAAGCUGACACCAAUUUCCCUUGCGAAUACAGAGAAACCAAUAAAGCCUGGAUGACGAUUAAAGCAUGGAAGCCCAAUGAGAGGUUCUUUCUGUUUCUGUACAACUCGAGAAUUCAUCUUUCUGCCGAGGAACUAAAUAAGAUCGACGAACAAUGUUUCGUUUUGUUUCUUCCACCUAACUGCACGAGUCUCAUCCAGCCGAUGGACAUGGGAGUAAUUUCUGCCACGAAAAGGCGUUACAGGACAGCGUUUCUUCGAGAAAUGUUGGUCUUCAAGUGCAAGGACAAUUACUUAGUGAAAAAUUUCGUCAAAAAAUGGAAUGGGCUUCGAACGAAGCAAAUUUUCAAUCAUGCUUAG